CCAGUGGCAAAGCAGAGCCGGACGAGAGCCCGCGCGAGCUAAAGCGGAGUGGAAACGAGCCGAGAAGGCCAGUAGUCGAACGGCGCCGGUGCGCGCUUCUCCGCAUAGGGACACGAGAGCACGGAAUCGAGUAGGAGCGGAGGAGCGAGUAAAAAGGAAUAUAACAAAAGAGCUGCUGUCGCGGGCUCCGUUCGAAUGUCGCAUUCGUCGGAGAGCUGGCAAACGCUGAUCGACGACGCUUCUUUUUCCUCGCGUGUAUACGCGCAUAAGGAGGCAAAUAACGAAGGCGCAUUAAUCCAUUAUCGAUAAUCGAAUCUUUCGUCAAUAGCGGAUAAUAAACCUGAUGAAUUUGUUAGCGGCUCGUGCGUUUGUGCUGCUGUUUCAACGAGAUAACGACAACCGAGUUAACGCCGAAGGUUACCAUGAGGAAAAACAAUAAUUAAAGGAUAUCGGGUUGUCCGAGGACUGGCCCGGGGCAAUUGAUCGAGCAGGGGGUUCGUCGAAGAAUCAAAACAUUCCACCCUUAUCGCCCUGCUUGCCUGCGUUCUACGUUAUCGUGCCGACGCGGAGACUCUUUUUUAUACAAGAACAAUAAACGACUCUCCAGUGAUAUUUAUUCAGAUGAGAAAGAAGGGGGAGGGGGAUGAGAGUAUAAUUGCGGUGCAACUGGCAAGGGGGAGGAAGCACCUCGCAGUUACUUCUUUUUAUCCCUCGUUCUGCUAAUUGUUUGCUCUUCUCGUUUUCUUCAUAUUUUUCUUCGCUGGAAAAGCUACUGCUAAUUGGAAAGUUGAUAAGCGCUCUGGGAACACGCACGCACGAUAACCGCCUGGUUCUUUAUUUUUUUUUUCGAUCGACGACGCAUACACCGAGCCUUCGUGAGAUGCCUUUCUAAUAGCGAAGAGAUUAUCAGUGGUGCUCUCGGGGCCGGAUAAUUUGGUGAUAAACGGAGCCAUCGCGCCAGGGGAGUUGAUAUACGGGAACUCCAAGAGCAAAAGAGCAAAAGAGACAGCGUGCUUCGGGGAGGGAAAGUGGGAGACAGAGAACGGCUAAGAGGAGGGAGUGAAAAGAGUGGGUUGGUCGUGGCAGUGUGGCGGUUGCAGCACGCCAGAAUAGUGCAUUCACACACAGUGCAACCGUGCACCCAGAGGGUGUGGAAGGCAGGAAGUGGAAAGGUGGGACUGCGGAACUAUCGACGAACUUUUGGUGAAUUUGCUCGCUCAUUCUCUCGUAUCCUGAAAAGUGCGAGAAACGGAGACGAAAACGAGAUCACGCGCGAAAGAGAGAGAGAGAGAGAGAGAGAGCACGAGCACAAAUAAAAGUGAAAAAGCAUAUCAGGAGAACGGGAAAUGUGUGCAGUUGUAACUUUUGAGUGUCGUGUUUUGUGCAUUUGUACACAUUAUUAACCUGCCGAAAGAGACUGCUUUAUAGCUGACUCUCCUGUGCGCGUAUUCGCCUCCGGAGUACCUGUUCCAAGUGAUUUUUUAUUCUCUGUCUUUCGACUCGUCUUUGUCCCGCCACGUGCAUCUCCUCGCCAGAAAUCACCUUCAGCCAAGCAGCAUGGAUUGCUUACGAAGAACGAGCCACUUGGGCUUGCUCUUUUUUCUCAUCAUCGCCGGAAUUGAUGCCCUGAGGAUGUUGGAGCUUCUGAUACCCCAGCACGUGGUACGAGGCCAGAUGGUAAGGCUCGAGAGCACUUUCGACCUGGACAGCGAGACACUGUACUCCGUCAAGUGGUACAAAGAUGGCAAUGAGUUUUAUCGCUACGUACCAAAAGACAUGCCGCCGGUUCUGGUCUUCCCGCUUCCCGGUGUGACCGUUGACAUUCAUAAUUCGACCGAGAGAUCGGUCGUGCUCAAUUCAGUGAACCUCAUGAGCUCGGGGCGAUACAGAUGCGAAGUUUCUGCCGAGGCACCCUCCUUUCAAACCGUUUCGGAGCACUCGGACAUGCUCGUUGUCGCUCUGCCCGAAGCCGGACCAGUGAUAACCGGAAGAGCAGGGAGACCGCGUUAUCAGGUGUCCGACGUCGUCAGGUUCAACUGCACUUCGGUGAGAUCGAAGCCAGCUGCCAUGCUCAGCUGGUUCAUCAACCGUGAACCGGUCGACCCACAAUGGUUACGAGGACCUCACAUUAUCGACGUCGAUCGCGAGGGUCUCGAGACCGCAGUUCUCGGUCUUGAAUUUCGCCUGCAGAGAAAACACUUCAAACAUGGCGACAUGAAGAUUAAGUGUUUGGCUACGAUAGCGACCGUUUAUUGGAAGUCGAAUGAGCUCAGCAUAGAGGGCGAGAGGCCCUACAAGGCGCCGGUUAUGGAAAGCAGAGAGACCAGGGCCCAGGGUCACACGCACGCCGAACACAUUUUAGCAGGUUCGAGUCGAAGAGCCACUGGGUGUGUUCUAUUACUCGUACUAACAGGACUGUUGAUUCUACGGUAGAAAAGGUACUUUCGUGAAACUGCAAGAACCAUUGCGAGUAAAUUGUUGCCCGAAAAUAAAGAAGAAGAAGAAGAAGAAGAAGAAGAAGAAGAUGAGGAUGAGGAUGAAGAAGAAAAAGAAAAAGAAUUUGAAGAAAAAGAUGAGAACGACGACGAUGAGAUGUUGCUAUUCGAGCCAAGGUCGUCGAGUUAUCUCUCAUCGUUCCAAUGAGUCAACAAUUCGAAAUAUGAAUAUAAAUAUAUGUGAAUAUAUAUAUGUCGAAUAUCCAUGUAUAUGCACAUAUACGUAUAUGACGUAUAACUUCUAUAAAUUAUCGUUGUUUCUAUUUUUUAUAAUCGCACUUAGCGUACCGUACCGAGAGAAUAUUGAAAUUAUGAAGCGUCAACGACGUAUCUAUAGAUAUAUCCAUUACUUCUAAUAUCCAAAGAAUUACGAAAAGAAAUUUAAAAAAAAAUCACUAUGAAGUACGUCUCAAAACGAUAAAUGUUCUAUCGUAACGAUCGAAUGGCCGAAUAUUCGAUUGCUAGUCACGUGAGGAAUAACAAACGAUAAAAUCGUCGUAAUCGUGUCUUCGCGCUAUUUCCAUUACGUUUCCGACUCCGAUUCUCACGGAUGCGUUUGACCAGGGAUUGAACUUUUCGUUCCGGAUAUUGAACAGUUUUAUGAUUCCAGAAAAGUAUUUCUGCAUGAAGGGUGCUGCUGAUAGAUUUUGUGGCUAAAACUUCCUCGUACUUCGUUGAAAUUUCAUUGGACUUUUCGGUAUUUUGAAAUUCUUCAAUUACGUGUACCGAAUGUGAUGUUCUCAGAUUUAUGUUUCCUUUUCUCGUGAAAAUACUCGGAUGGUGAAACUCGUUCUUCCAACGAUUGUAGAAACUCGAUGAUUUCGCUUGAGGAUGCAUUGCUGAUAUUUCACAACUAAAUACUGCGUGCCGAAUGUUUACAACUGGAAAAAAAUCAAGACCAAUUUCAAUCGUUUUUGAUACUUUGCGUUCAUUAAUGAUAAUUAGGAUUGUAAAAUCAUAAGAUUGUUGAAAGGAAAUAACGGUUGAGACAUAAUUACUUUUUUUUCGUUACACGUAAUAAAUUUAAACAUUUUUCUCAAUGUUUUUCUUAAAACUUGAAAAAAAAAAGAAAAAAUUCAUGAAUAAUCAUAAACUCUGCACAUAUUUUUGUAAAAAUAUUCAACAUCAAAUUCACAAAAUUGCUGAAAUUGCUCAAACACUUUCUGCAAAAGAAAGAAAAUAAAAGAAAAAAAAGAGAUGUAAUUGAUGAACUGAAAUAUCAUUCAUUGUCGAACGAGUGUUGGAACAGUUUGUCAAAAAUUGAUCAGCUAAAUUCGUUUAGAUCUCUUGAAAAUCGGCAAAGUCUGGAAAUUCGAUGAACUAAAAUCAUUGUAACUUCUCAAUGAACGAAACUUCUCUUAACGAAAAUCGAAUUGAUUCACAGGAGCAUUACAAUUUUUUUUCAUAUAGAAAUUAUUAUUUCAUGAAAUAGAUAUUUCAAUAGACACAGGGACGAAACGAAGUUCAAUCGAUGGUCAAACGCACGUAUUACAUGCAAAAAAAUGACAGUAAGAAAAAGUGUAUAUGUAUACAGCGGUGGAAUUCACGAGGAAGCGUGGGUGAAGAAAUGUUCUCAUGAACGCUUAAAUCCUCUAAUAUCGAGACGAAUCCUCUUCUCCCCAAUCUCGAUUAAAAGAUGUUUUCAUUUCCAGCUUUUACUGAUCUAGUCCAUAAAGAUACUUACUCGUACGUUACACUAAUCGUAAAGCGAAUAAAAAAAUAAAAAGAAUCAUUUUUAAAUAUAAGUUAUAAAAAUAUAUAUUCUGUACACCGCGAUUGGAGGAUUUAAAGAGUAAAAGGAUAAAGAAAGAAAUAAGAGAACGCGAAAUAAUUGUACGAAAAAAAGGCGUAUAAAAGUUGUUUAUGUAUAACUGUAUUCAUCGAAUUUCUAGCGUUAAAUUUGAAAUGCUACAGAAGGGAGCGAGAACAAAAAAACAUUCCCAUUGUUAACCGAUUGGAAGUAACUUCAUUGAAAGAAAAAAAAAACAGACGAAUUCUCGUUGGAAAUCUGAGAGAAAAUGCAAGGAAACGACAAAAAAAUACCUUUAGCCUUUCACUGAGUGUCACGUGUAAGAAAACUUUGUAAAUAUGUAUAUAUUGAAAAAUGAAUGAUACGACUUUCUUUCUUUCAUGAUCUAAUAAUAUCAAUAAUAAAGAAUGUUACAUGUCGAUAAGUGGAAAAAGAA